CCGACCGCCUCCCUUGCGAUUGCCGAAUGGGGUUCAAUCACAAAAUACCAUCGACAGUAGUCAACCACCAAUAGAAAGUAUAUUAAAGGAAAUGAAGUCACUCCCAACUCCGCUGUCGGUGAUUGCAGCUACGCCGAGGAAAGAACUGGAGAACAAGUUCAUAUUCAACCACUUCACCAAUAGGGUGCAAGAGAAUCCUCAGCUGGCGAGCAACGAUCUCAAACAACCCCUUACUAAACCCGGUUUGGACAACCGGAUAUCAAACUCAAGGAGUUCAGUCUCGCCUGACGUGGUCAACAACCUGAGGCUUUCGGAGAGCGACGACGAGGUUGCCGCCACUACCACUAGACUCGAACCCAUCCUCUCACCAAUUGGUUCCGGUGGCAGCCCAAGCUCCGGCAGCGAGUCUUCCCCAUCUGAUUCUGAGGAGUCGGAAUCUUCAUCAGGGGAGUCCACUGCAGGGGCGGCGCCGCCCUCAGCACCAACGCCUCCCAACCCACAACCCGCAGUGCCCCCCUGCCUGAGCUCCUGGGGCCUGAGGAACUUCGCUCCGCCGCCAGCGCAGCCCCCGGACCAUGCGGACCUUAGCAAUGUUCUUGCAGAUGCCAAGGGAAAGCCGAGUCCAAUUUCCGAGUUGUCGGACUCAGAGGCUUCAUCACCGUCACCGGGCGCGAGACGGCGUCGGACGCAAGCAAACCGCGUCAUGUCCGCGGCCUCCAGCGAUGAAGAGGCCCCCAGACCGGCCCCGGUUCGAACUCAGCCUUCGCCUUCCGUAACUGCAACAAUCCCAAACAGCUCCCAAAGCACGGGCGUUAAGCGCGGCAGACCCCCCAAAACUAGAACUCCAGAAGAAAGACCCCCCAAGAAGAAACGGGGCAGACCCCCUAAGACGAGGCCCCCCUCUCCUGCGCCCGACAGUGAGCCUGAGCCCGAGCCCCCACAACACAAUCCUUUACAGGGCACCAAGACACACAUCUUCCGCAAGGUAUUUACUCAAAGACUUAAGGAUGAAUGCGGUGGGAAAGGCGGUAAAGGCGGCAAAGGAAAAGGAGGAAAAGGCAAAGGCCAAGUUACAAUAAUCGAAGCGACUGCUCCAGAAUCAGGAAUGGACGAUGACGAUCGAAGGGUCAGAGAUCGUUCUGUUGAAAGAAGGAACGAAGAAGCAAUCGCCCGGGUUUCGCCUCCACAGGAACCGGAAACGCUCACGAGGAAACGAGAGGCAGAACGAAUGGCUAACGAGAGAAUACAGGAAAGAGUCUCCAUCGAAAGGCCGGACCAUCGCCGCUCUGCAGACAGAAUACCCGACAGACCCACUGAAAGAACCCCAAAUGACAGGAUACCAGACCGAACGGAUCGUUUUCCGGACAGACAAUCGAGCGACCGAUUACCGCCCGACCGACUGUCGACCGACCGGUUACAUGACAGACUGUCGAACGAUCGAUUGUCAUCGGACAGACUAUCGGAUCGGUCGUCAGAUCGGUCUUCGCUAUCAUCUUCGGAAAGAAAAUCUAGCGACCGGUUAUCAGGAGAAAAAAUGUUAGAACGGAUACAAAACGAUAAACUUUCCAUCGAACGGAUACCGAUCGAGCGCAUACCAAGUGAGAAGUUCGAAAGACUAUCGAGCGAUAAAUUGUCACAUGAACGAUUAUCAAGUGAUAGUAAAUUGUCACACGAUCGGUUGUCGGGGGAAAAGAUAUCACACGAUCGCUCGUCAAAUGAUAAACUUUCACACGAACGGUUGUCGAGUGACAAACUCUCUCACGACCGGCUAUCUAUAGAGAAACUCUCUCACGAGCGGUUAUCGAGUGACAAGAUCGGCCACGAUCGGAUAUCAAAUGACAAGAUCGCCCACGAUCGGUUAUCAAAUGACAAGAUUGGCCACGAUCGGUUAUCAAGUGACAAAGUUGGUCACGAACGAUUAUUGACUGACAAACUCGGCCACGAGCGAUUAACGAGUGAUAAAAUUGGACAUGAGCGGUUGUCAAGUGACAAGUUAUCAAUAGAUCGGUUACCUGGGGACAAGUUACCUUUGGAGAGGGUCGAACGGAUCGCGCCAGAACGAUAUAUCCGGGCUGAGGCUGAUGUCGGAUUCGUGGCUACCUUAUCUAAUGGAGGCGAGCGUGUGUCCCGCGGGCGCGCAUCGUAUACAGUACGCAUCCCGUUGUCCCGCCUGCGUCCUGACACGCUGCGUGCAUUGCAGCGGCCCCCUAGGAGGGCAAAGCCACCGCCCCCUACCCCGCCUACACCACCUACCGAUCACUCUCUGGAGAGUGCUGGAUCUGCUCUCGCAGCGCUGGAGCGGCGCGGGGGACGCACGCCCAUCUACUACUCCUACUUCGAGCGACUGCCGGCCGAUGCGCUGUCAGACGAGGAGCGAGACCACAAAUACUACCUCACUGAAGCCAAACGCCUACGCACGGCAGCGGAAAGAGAGCAGGAGCCCCUAGCUCGCGUGAUGCUAUACCUGGAGUCGGUUCUCUGCUUUGUGCUGACGGGACGAGUGUUGGAACUAGAGCUCGAUACCAAGAAAGCCUUCACAAUAUACCGCGAGACUAUCGAGUACAUCAAAUCUAUACACUCGAUGCCGCAGCGAUUCCGAGCGUCUCCUCAUUCAACCUUCAGCAAGCUGGAUAUUCUGAGCCUUCGAGUACAAGCUCUCUUAUAUCUGCGGAUGUUCAAAAUGUACAAUCGGGAGGUAAAAGAGUACAACAAGAUUGUGCAGGAAUACCAACAAAAGCCGGCAUGCGCGGAAGCAAUACCCGGCGCUCCAGCGGCUGCGUCUUCGGCCAGAUCAGCGUCCCCCAUGUCACCAUCACCAUCCCCAGCUGGCUCCGUCGGCUCGGGCUCCGGAUCUGGAUCGUCCGGCUACUGCUCCCUGCCCCACGCAGCACCGGGUGCCGCGCCCCCCAACUACAACGGUCCGCCGUACUGCAGCAUCACGCACGCAGUACCUGCGCACGCGCACAACGCGCUGUUACAGCUCACCAAGUACUACACGUUCCUGUAUGUUGCGCACGAUUUAUGGGAGCAAGCGGAUUGCUUAUGUCGACUGCGAGCGAACCAGGAUCUGUUCAUCGCAGUGGACCGCAAGUGCGGACCACUUACGCUGUUCUCCACGUUCCGCCAUCUUGUUCAGUACGUGCGGCACGCGAUCUCCCUCCUGAAGAACGCGCCGCGAGAGUGACCGAGGGCCUAGCGGUCGUCCCAACGAACGCAAUAAACGCUUUUACGCACGCGUGAGAUAAUACGUACUUUGUAUAAACAGUGACACGGAAAGUGACGUUUCUGACGAAUGAUUCAAAUUUACUGGCAGUGGAAUGACGAUUUGAUUGUAUGUUGGAUGAUAAUACUAUUGCACUUUCAUAUUCACCGUCACCUUACAAAACAUCUCGCAUGCGUUAUUUAAAUUCUGAGACGCACGCAUCACCGUCUGUACGCAACAAUCAAGUCAGAUCAAAUUACGAUAGAUGAUUAGGUCUGUCCAAACUUGUUCUUGACUGGCUUAACUCUUCUUCAAAAUAUGCGUAAUGGGCGAAAUUAUUCCAUCUUUAAUAAUUUAAUCGUUUACGAAGAGUUGAUAUAUAUGAAAGUGCAAAAGUAAACGCUUCUAUGAAAUAGGUGUGAAGUUCGAUUGAAUUUUCGUAAUUACUUAAUGAAAUUUUGAGAACGCAUACUCAUUUCGCAACUGUUCUCCUGAAUUUACCGGAAGGAAUUCCGUUUAGGGUUUUCGACGAUUGGUGUUACUAAGAAAUCUUCAGAUCGUAAUUUCGCACCCGUUUGAGAGAUGCUAAGAUAAUUAAUCAUCGUAUUAUAACUUGUGUAAGGUUAUGGAAAUGACAAAUAAUACACGCGUUGAUUUGCGUCCCCUGAAACAAAAUGAGAUUAGAACGAAUUUGUACGUAUUUAUUAAGUCAACGGUAUGCGCAUGUACUGUACAGUUACAGGAAAGAUUUUACAUCAAAAUACUCGAACAGCUUAUGAUACGGAAGUCCUUUAAAUACGUAUAAGUAUAUACAUCAAGUACUGUAAAUUGCUGAAUAAAUAUUUCAUACAAAUCAUAAUGUGAAAUAUAGGACCAAGACAGCUAGAUAGAUUAGACCAAGUCCAAUAUAUUCAGCAAUUACUCUACUGACUACUUUUAAUAAAAGUAGAAAACUCAUACUCCCACGAAAUUGCAUAUAUUAUAUUAAAUACCAUAGGAUUUGAUUAUUUCAUCUUUUUUAAAAAUCGGACUAAUUUAGCCUAAGAUUUUAAAUUUAGAGCACCUUCAUUUCGACUAAUCCUU